AUGGCUGGCUUGGGACGGGUGCUGGGGAGUCGCCCCCUUCAACAAUUGUUUUCUGCAAAAUUCGUUUCGGUUUCUGAGGCUUCGGUAUCAAGAUUUCCACACAUACAUACAGCAACAGCAUUGUUGAAGGAUAACAAAGACAAGGAUCAAGAUGAUGAUGAUGAUUCCUCUAAAGGCUGGUUCAGUCGGUUCAAGAAGAUCUCCAAGCCCGAACAAGCCCACUCCGCAGUCCUGGCUGGCCAGGAGGCUGUCUACGAGUUUCAGUAUCAUUCCGUCAGACCAGAGUAUAUGGAGGAAUAUCUCAACCAGUUUGGCAGCUUUCAGAAGCUGAUGAAGGAGAAAGGAGCUGGAGCAGAACUUGUGGGCAGCUUCACUGUGGUCAUAGGAGAACAGGACGAAGCAGUUCAUAUCUGGCAAUACGCUGGGGGGAUACCCAGCACUGACUCAGGCUAA